ACUGCAUGGCAAACACGUUUUGCAUGUUGUCUGCUCACUAAAGUUGAAGUACAGUCCGUGUACGGAUAGACGAAUGGAGUCAUGGCGGUUCGAAAUGGAAUAAGUUUAUGGCUGUUUUUCACUUCUUUUUGGAUAUAUAUUUACCCAACUCUAACCAGACAAGUUACUCUUUAUGAUAGUACAAGGUUUGCCGAUCUAGGCUGGACUACGUAUCCAGUUCUCCCAGGUGAUGAUACAUUUGGCGGGUGGGCAGAAGUUGGAUCCAGCUAUGAACGCCUGUAUAUAGUAUGUCAAGUGCGCAAUCCAGACGCGAGCGAUGGGUUUUGGCUGCGGAUGCCAUACAUACCCCGCCGUCUAGGCAACCGCAUCCAUGUAGAGAUUGACUUCACAAUGAACUCCUGUACUGGGAUUGACGACGCCCAUCAAUGUAAAGAAACAUUUGAACUAUUCCAAGUAGAGGCGUCAAGUAGUGAUCCAAAUAAUCUACCUGCUUGGGCCGCUCCUCCGUAUACACGGAUCAAGCGUAUUGCGGCCGAGACACGGUUCUCUGAUACUGACUCGGAUGAUACUCCUCAGAUCAACACAGCAACAGAAGAGUUUGCAACGUCCGCAAAUGGAUUCUACCUCGCCUUCCGCGACACAGGAGCCUGCAUGGCCAUCAAGCGAGUCCGUGUCUUCUACGAGGUAUGCUCCACAAAGACGGACAAUUUCGCCGUCUUUCCAGAAACGGUGACCGGAGCGGACGUAGUUUCGCUGGUGGCUGUGGAGGGGAUCUGCGUCGGCCAUGCUGAACAAAUUGGCACACUGCCGAUUGUGGCUCGCUGUCAGAAGUUUGGAGUGUGGACUGCCUUCCAAGGGUCAUGCGGUUGCUCACCAGGAUUCGAAGCUGAAGGACAGAGUUGUAGAGCUUGCAUUGUUGGAACCUACAAGUCUGGAGUCGGACCCUCACACUGCAGUCCAUGCCCUGCAAAGAGCCACGCAGACCACAAUGCUACAAGACAGUGUACCUGUAUACCAGGCUUUUUCCGUGUGCAAAAUGAAAGUCCGGGUGUCGCCUGUACUGGUAAGUAG